AGAGAGAGAGAGAGAGAGAGAGAGAGAGAGAGAGAGAGAGAGAGAGAGAGAGAGAGAGAGAGAGAGAGAGACACCCCCUGGAGAAUAACAGAAGACCCGACCCCGGCCUGAGUGUAAGAGAGAGAGAGGGUGAGGGAGCGUUUUAAAGCCGGCACAGGCAUGAUGUCCUACAUUAAGCAGCCUCAUUACGCCGUGAACGGGUUAACUCUGUCUGGCCCGGGCAUGGAUCUACUACACUCUGCCGUCGGAUACCCAAACAUCCCCAGAAAGCAGCGUCGGGAAAGGACCACGUUCACGCGCGGGCAGUUGGACAUCCUGGAGGCACUGUUUUCCAAAACGCGCUACCCCGACAUCUUCAUGAGGGAAGAAGUGGCCCUUAAGAUCAACCUACCAGAGUCUCGUGUACAGGUAUGGUUCAAGAACCGCCGUGCUAAAUGCCGCCAGCAGGCGCAGCAGAGCACGGGCCAGUCUAAACCUCGUCCACCCAAGAAGAAGGCCUCUCCAGCCCGGGAGGCCAACUCUGAGGCCAAUGCCAACACCAACGGGUCCUACAGUCCAGCACCCCCUCCCCCUGGCACCGCCAUCACCCCCAGCUCCAGCAGUGCCAACGCGACUGUGUCCAUUUGGAGCCCUGCCUCCAUCUCUCCGCUGCCAGAUCCCCUGUCAGCCUCCACCACGCCCUGCAUGCAGCGCUCCUCUGCCUACCCCAUGACCUACACCCAGGCCCCGGCCUACACCCAGAGCUACGCAGGCUCGUCCUCUUACUUCACUGGCCUGGACUGCAGCUCCUACCUGUCCCCCAUGCACUCACAGCUCUCCGCCACCGGGGGCGCCCUCAGCCCCAUCACCUCCAUGGGCGGGCACCUCAGCCAGUCCCCUGCCUCUCUGUCCUCACAGGGCUACACAGCCGCCUCGCUGGGCUUCGGGGCUGUCGACUGCCUGGACUACAAGGACCAAGCUGCCUCCUGGAAACUCAACUUCAAUGCAGCUGACUGCCUGGACUACAAAGACCAGAACUCCUGGAAGUUCCAGGUCUUGUAGGGGGGAGAAGGUAAGGAAGGGACCAGCCAGGAGAAGCUCCCAUUCCAUUCAGUGUUAAAGACUUGGACACAUACAUGGUCAACUAAUCAUUUCAGUCCAUGAACUCAUUGACUGAGAAAAUGUCAUUAUUUUUUGUGUUAUGGAAAGCAAUGUGGAAGCAGAUCCAAUUAUGUUUGGCUUUGUGAUUUUUGGGAAGGUGACAAGAAAUCUCUGAUCACAUCAAUAUUGUUAAAUCAAUGAUAUCCAAUCAAUACAGUUUAUCAAUGUGAGGAUGCACAAUCAAUGGGACAUUGAGGUAAUAAAGUUAUUCAUAUAGAAGUGAUGACAAACAAAUCGACAAGGAAUACAUACCACACUAUUGAAAGCAAUACCUGCAGAAUGAAAUUGAAUACAUUUAUAACUUGAUAAUUAAAUUUAGAAAAAAACUUCAUCAUUGACAAAGGUCCAUUCUUGUAUUCCAUAAUCAGGGUUUUGUGGACCAAAUGAAUAGAGAUUGCAAUUUGAUGGAGAUAAUGAAAAAUUGAUUUAAAAAGAGGAGAAAAGAGAAAAAAGGAGAUUAAAAUAUUGAUUGCAAUGGAUCCCAUUGGUCAGGUAGCUGAUAGUAAAUGACAAGUUGAUUUCUGAACAAGAUCUAUCAAUCCUUUAGUGGUCUUGUUGUGCUUAAUGGUAACUGAAAACUAGAAAGGAAAAGUGGAAUUCAACCCCCAAGAUGGGUGGGCUGGCCUUGACUUUUGACCAAAUUUGAUCCAGUGGUUAUUUUUAUCAUUACUUCAGAACAAUUGAAAGUUGUGUACGUUUUAAUGAAGAAAAUGACUCUGCCUUGAAUUUGAUAUUGAACAAACAGAGGGAGUUCCAGCCAUAGGUGAAGCCUGACUCCAAUGUGGACAAUGUUGUUUUCUUUUUCCCUCUGUCAUUUGUUUAAUGGUUUAUUUUUGUUAUGAAGUUGCUUUUCAUAUUUGGUGAACUGAGAGA